AGUGGCCUUCAGUGCCCACUGGAUUCCAAAGCUCACUCCUCUGUGCAAUGAUUCCAACUGCAGGGAUCAGUGUCUGAAAUGAAGCUACAGAUUGUCUAGUGGAUAAAUAAUCCAAGAAAGAAUGGGAGAUGUUAUGACUUUUUGAGAAGAGGCUAACAUGUCAUAAACUUUAAAAAAUAAUAAUAAUAGAAAUGAAGAAAGAAAACAACAGAAGAUGAAAAGAAUAGCAAAAAAGCUGGAAAUUUCCGACAGGGUCUCAAGAGCAUGCUGAAGUCAUUCACGUGUUUCCAUCAAAUACAGAUACAGAUCAGGGAAGAUUAAACCCUACUAAUUUCUCAUCAGAUGCCUCAGAACAAAGUGCCUUCCAAGAACUAAUGGUCAAAAUAUCCACCCACAAGACAAAUAAGCUUAUAAAAUCUCUUCUUACAAUCCUGACAUAAUGGAAGUUUCCCUAAAGCACCCAGCAUCUAAUACAACCAGCACAAAGAACAACUCAGCAUUUUUUUACUUUGAGUCCUGUCAACCCCCUUCUCCAGCUUUACUCCUAUUACUUAUAGCCUAUACUGUGGUCUUAAUUGGGGGCCUUUUUGGAAACCUCUCUCUCAUCAUCAUCAUCUUUAAGAAGCACAGAAAAGCUCAGAAUUUCACCAGCAUACUGAUUAUCAAUCUCUCCCUCUCUGAUAUCUUGGUGUGUGUCAUGUGCAUCCCUUUUACUAUCAUCUACACUCUGAUGGACCACUAGAUAUUUGGGGAUACCAUGUGCAAACUCACAUCCUAUGUGCAGAGUGUCUCAAUCUCUGUGUCCAUAUUCUCACUUGUACUCAUUGCUGUCGAAAGAUAUCAGCUAAUUGUGAACCCCCGUGGCUGGAAGCCCAGUGUGACUCAUGCCUACUGGAGCAUCACACUGAUUUGGCUGUUUUCCCUUCUGCUGUCUAUUCCCUUCUUCCUGUCCUACCACCUCACUGAUGAGCCCUUCCGCAACCUCUCUCUCCCCACUGACCUCUACACCCACCAGGUGGCCUGUGUGGAGAACUGGCCCUCCAAAAAGGACCGGCUGCUCUUCACCACCUCCCUUUUUCUGCUGCAGUAUUUUGUUCCUCUAGCCUUCAUCUUCAUCUGCUACUUGAAGAUUGUUAUCUGCCUGCGCAGGAGAAAUGCGAAGAUAGACAAGAAGAGGGAAAAUGAGAGCCGGCUCAAUGAGAACAAGAGGAUCAACACAAUGUUGAUUUCCAUCGUGGUGACCUUUGGAGCCUGCUGGCUGCCCCUGAUAUCUUCAAUGUCAUCUUUGACUGGUAUCAUGAGGUGCUGAUGAGCUGCCACCACGACCUAGUAUUUGCAGUUUGC